AUGUCAACUCAGUUAUUUUUACUGUUUGCAUUAAUAACUUUAAUUUCUGCAUGGCAAAAUGAUGCCAAUUCUUACAACAGUUAUUCUUCACCUUCUUCUGGUCAACAGCAAGCUUCACUUAUCCAAGAAGACAUAGAAGCUGAGUGUCAAAAAUGCGAUCAAAAGAAAUGUCCACCGAUAACUCAAUGUAAUGUUGGCAUUGUACGUGAUAAAUGUGGAUGUUGUGAUAUUUGUGCACUUGAAGAAGCUCAGCUGUGUAAUAUUCCACAAGAUUUUCAAAAUGGUGUCCUAAAAUCAGGCAUUACAUGGCAUGGGAUCUGUGGAACAGAUAUGGAGUGUCGUACACGCACAGAUAUUGACUCAAAAGUCAUCGGAUCACAAAGUAUUUGUUAUUGUGUUAAACCGGGUAAAGUAUGCGGUUCUGAUGGUGUCACAUAUUCAAAGUGUAAAAUGAAUGCAACUAUCACUUCGUCAAAUGGUAAGAUCACUGCGCUGAGCGAAGGACCUUGUCAAACUGUACCCAUGGUUAAGUUGACUGCAUUGAGUCAAACAGUUACAGAAGGUACAAAUGUCACACUGAUAUGUGAAGCUCGUGGUUAUCCAAUACCAACUAUUUCUUGGUAUUUUAAUAGGCCAAAUCAAAAACAGGAUAAAAUUCAAAUGCCAGGUAAUUACAAAGAUGUUACAGUCAGUGUUCGUGGAGGAACUGAAGAGACGCAUACAAUCUCUUAUCUGCAAAUAGUUAAUUUCAGUUUAGACUAUGAAGGCGAAUACGUCUGUAUGGCUGAUAAUAUUGUCGGUAUUAAAGCUCAAGGUACAUCUCUUGUUAGAAAUGCUGUUUUAUCAUCAUCAAUACCACAAUCACAUUAUUAUAAUAAAGAAGUAGAAGCAGAAGAAGAUUAUUAUUAUUAUCGUAAAUGA